CCAAGACAUAGAGACACUCAGAAGAAGUGUCUGCCAUACUCGCCAUGAACGCGCUCAGGCUUCUCAGAACAGCUAGAUCGAGAGCAGGUGUCUCCCAUUGUCGCCUCAACUCAUCUCUCGCCCCACAAAAGACCGACUCUACGGGCAUUGCAGAGCGCGAUGGGGGACCCAAGGAGACGGUCCCGGUAGACAGCAUCUCGGGUGCACCAGAAUCCCUUCACCAGCGCAUUGUGCGUAUCUAUAAGCCAUCUAAGACGGCCAUGCAGAGUGGGAUCCAGGGAACAAAGUUGUGGCGCAUGGACUGGGAUGUGUUGGAGAAGGAUAAUCGAUGGACCAACCCACUCAUGGGAUGGGCGUCUUCGGGAGAUUUUAUGCAAGGGACAAGCCUCAAGUUUGGCACACAAGAUGAUGCGAUUCGGUUUGCGGAGUCGCAGGGCUGGACGUACUAUUUGCAAGCGCCGCAUGAGCAAAAGUUCCAGGUCAAGUCUUACUCGUCCAAUUAUACAAAGACACAGAUGAAUCCAAGCAAGAUUGCGCACACUAAAUAAGCUUCCGAUGAUGGUCGUGGACUCGCAGCCUCUAUAUGCAACAGGAUUAGCAAGCCGUUCCUAAUUUGAUCACUAGAGCAAACCAAUUUAGAUGAUCAAUUGUCCAUUCAUGACAG